AAGAGCGGCGCCUGCGCAAGGUGGGGGUCGGGUUCUGGCCCCGGUCUGCCUUGCUCACGAAGUUGUCCAGGGGCCCGGGAGAAGUUGGCGGCGCUGGGCGGAGGCAAGGGCGGUGGGGCCGGGCCGCUCGCUCGCGUCCCUGCCGGCCAUGGCGUUCCGCAGGCGGGCGAAAAGCCACCCGCUCUUCAGCCAGGAGUUUCUCAUCCACAACCACGCUGACAUCGGCUUCUGCCUGGUACUCUGCGUGUUGAUCUCGCUUAUGUUCGAGGUUACAGCCAAGACUGCCUUCUUGUUCAUCUUACCUCAGUAUAAUGUCAGUGUACUGACAGCAGAUGGUGAAAUUGUUCUCUAUCACUACGGGCUGAAGGAUUUGGUUACAAUCCUCUUCUACAUCUUCAUAGCAAUCAUUCUGCAUGCUGUGGUGCAGGAAUAUGCACUGGAUAAAAUUAACCGUCGACUUCAUCUUUCCAAAGUCAAGCACAGCAAAUUCAAUGAAUCUGGACAGCUGGUAGCAUUUCAUCUUGCCUCUAUGGUUUGGUGCUUAUAUGUAAUAAUAACAGAAGGAUACUUAUCAAACCCCAAAAGUCUGUGGGAAAGCUACCCUCAUGUUCAUCUCCCGUUCCAGGUUAAGUUUUUCUACCUUUGUCAGUUGUCCUAUUGGCUGCAUACAUUGCCUGAAUUAUAUUUCCAGAAGGUGCGAAAGGAAGAAAUUCCACGUCAGUUGCAAUACAUCAUCCUUUAUCUAGUGCAUAUAUCAGGAGCAUAUCUCUUAAACCUCACACGCCUGGGACUAAUCUUGUUGCUGCUGCAGUAUGUUGCUGAAUUCCUCUUCCACAUGGCUCGCCUUUUUUAUUUCACAGAUGAAAACAAUGAAAAGUUGUUUAAUGCAUGGGCAGUAGUUUUUGUCAUCUCACGACUUUUCACCCUCACCCUUUCUGUGCUGGUCAUUGGCUUUGGGCUGGCUCGAGUGGAGAACCAGGCAUUUAACCCUGAAAAAGGAAACUUCAACACUUUGCUUUUCAGGAUGGGCGUGUUGCUUCUGGUGUGUUUCUCACAGGCCUGGAUGAUGUGGCGCUUCAUUCAUUUCCAGUUGCGACGCUGGCGUGAAUACUGGAAUGAGCAGAACACUAGAAAAAGGGUUCCAGCCACUGUCCACUUCAAACAGCAAGUAAAGACAAUGAAAAGGGAAUCUGGUUACCAUGAAAAUGGAAUAGUAAAGGCAGAAAACGGUACCUCACCACGGAACAAGAAACUCAAGUCUCCAUAGAGCCAAAGCACAGCCGACAUGGGAUGUUUGAGGAGGAGACAGAGGUGCAAGAAUGAGGACUCUGGAAAUAAGAAGCACCUUCCUCUCUUCUGUCCUCACAAUGCUCCACCUCAAGUGAUGUGCCCACAGAGUGAACAAGCUCUCUUUCUCUCCUCCCGCAUCCUCAUGUCUUUCUGUCUCUGUCUCUUUUUGCAAUAACCAAAAGGCCUUCAUCCUUGACAGAGAGGCUUAAGAACACCAAAAGCUUUUCCUUGUCCUGUUGUGUAUUGUGCAAUUCAAAAAAAAAAAAAGUUCUGCUUGUUUUCAUGCCCCUAGAAAUGUGUUGUUGGUUUUUUUAGAACCCUGUUCCCAACAUGCCUUUUUUUCUCCACUUCCUUACAUCUGUUUUUUGGCUUGGAGAGAUUACAGCUUCAGCCCAUGAUGGAAUUUGAUUCUGAGAGUCAAUUUGGGGGACUGUAAAUUCUUGUUUCUCUAAAAAAAUUCACUCUUGCAAGGAUAAGUUUUGAAAGAAAUGUUACACAUUCAGUAAGCUUUGUAAAAUGGUUAGGAUAUGUCAGGUUUUCAAAACGUGAUAGAAAGAUACAGAUGGUACUUUUAUCUGUUUGUGAUUUAUCAUGCUCAGUUUUCAAAGUUAAACUUUCAUUUGUAGCUUUAACUACCUUCUGAAGACUGGAACAGAUAUGGUCCUCUUUCUUAUCUUUCUCUUCUGGUCCUAAAACAGAAUUAAUGUUUUCUUAGAAACAACUGAAAUUUCUUUUUAAAAAAAGGAGAAUGUACUUGUCCUGUCAGUUUAAUAUGAAUGAAGUAUGAUUUUCAUCUUCAUCGCCUAGGAAGUCUCAGCCUAUAGCAUCUUGAGGGAAGGGAGAAGCUUCUCCAUUCAUUUAAAAAGGAGCUCAGGGCAUUUUUACUAGUGAAGAAGAGAAGACGGUGAUACAUUCACAAGAGGAUAAUAUCUUUCAUGUUGAAGAUUUUAUCUGCUGACCUUAAGGAAGUGCUAGUGUAGCCUUGUUGUUUGAGUCAUUCAUGUUUAACACCAUCCAAUCAUAGACUAGUAAUAUUUUGUCUAUGAAAUAUACUCUACGCAUAUUUUCUCAAAAGUACAUUCCAGCAAAUUCAGAGAGGCUUAUUCCAUUUCAUUGUGGUAGAAUUGCAACCUGUCAUUUGUUUUCCCAAGCACGUCUUUUUCUAAGUUGCAUCUAAUAGGUUCUGAAUCCAUGCCUGUCCUGGUGUUCUUGUUUCUAAAACUAUAGAAAUUGUUUUUAUUCAGAUUGAAGGAAAUUUAGUUCCUAAUUGCUUAGCAAGUUCAAUGAGGUUCAAUUAUGAAAGAUAGGGGAGGGGAGAGAAGGAAUAAUGUCUCAAAAGGGGAGAGCACAAUUUGUAAAGCUGGUGGAUGAUAUUAAAAAGUGAAACCUACCUCGGAAGCCACCCAUUCCUACAUUUCUUUUAGUUAAGUUGAUUUGGCACCUAUAAAAAAAUAGGGGUUGUUCACGAAUUACUUUGUACAUCUUUAAUUAUUUUUGUUUUAAUGAAAAGUGACUUCUGUUCUCCUUUGUGUAUGUUUAAGCAUACUUUAUUCAGCAGAGUUGCUUCAUGACUAUGUCUUGUUUUAAGCCCUAGUGUAACUGGAUCAUCUUAUGAUGUUGUUUGCUUUUCAAAUAAUACAAAGAAGAAAGUUUUAAUUUCUAUGCUCUUUUGCCAUAAUUUGGAAUAGAAAUAUCUAUUUCAUUAAUAGAUUGAAUGAAAUCAAUAGAAUAUAUACUUAGUGGUUGGGUGUCCCAGGAUUUGACCCAACUACUCAUUUUUGUGAAUGCUUUUAUUGUGUCUAAAGUAGGUCUGCAUAAGUUAAGAUCUGCCAAACCAAAUACAUUAGCCAUGAGUUUCAUCCUGCCAGAGCAUCUCUGGUUUGCAUUUAGAUCAAAUGUUAAGAGGGAUUACUGCAGUAGUCUUAGCAGACAGCAGUGCAUGAUUAAUGAGUAAUGAUAAGUUUCAUGAGUCAGGGAUAUGGCUUAGCUGUAAAAUUUUGAGGGAGUUUAAGAGGUGAAGAAGACUAUAAACUGCUUACAAUAUUUGUAUCUCUGAAGAAUCAUAUGUCUCUUUUUAUCCUUCUCUUGCAAUGGACUUUAAUGCUGCUUGGCAUUACUUGAGACUGUACAGAGAGCUAUUUUUUUUCUUCCCACCAAAAUCUUGAAAUGUUCAGAUCAGAGCCCUUCUGAGCUGAAAUCAACUAUACCAUAUUGUGCCUGUCACUCCUUACUGAGUUCUAAAUAUACCUCAUCUGUAUCAUUUUUAUACAGGAGUGAAGGAGUAAACUAGGUUAGUGAUGGUGCUAAGUAGGUCAGAUAGGGUGGGCCAACCUACAUGCAUAUGUGAAUGUGGUAACUCUAUUGCUUGCGCCUAACAGAAAGCCCACCACUAUUGCAAAGCAGAUAUGUAUGGUUACUACGACCAGAAGAACCACUCUUGGGCCUGUGUGGCAUGUUGAUGAUUAUUUUGCAAUAGUGGGUGUAAUAAAAUUGCCCUGAUUUUUAAGUGUUUUGAGUCUCUGGAAACAUAAUGAAUUCACUGCACUCUUUUCAGUUUUUUCCCCAAGCCACCAAAAUGCAAAAAAAAAUAAAAAUCUAGCCAAAUAUUUUACUUGCAUCUUUUUGGGAGUGCUUUGGGGGUCCCAAAAUAUAUGUGCAAUUUGUAGACUUUCUUAUACACCAAUUCUUUACAUCAGUGUUCUAAAUUGGAAUGCCUUAUGCUUUUUGUUAAUUCUGAUCUUAGUUAAAUGGAGCUUUCUGACUUUGCACCAAGCUCAGUCAAAAGACUUAGGUUUCCCAAAGAACUAGUUCUAGAAAGCUGCAGAAAAGCCUCCAAACAGGCCUUACUCUGACCCAGUUAGUCCAACUCCUUUCAUCCAGCACCAGGUUUUCAAUUGUAGUACAAUUUUGCGCAAGUGCCUUACAUUAUCACAUAGACUUUCCAAUCUUUUUAUCUUUCAUAUUGGUUUUUCUUUGUAUAUGUAUUGUUGUAGUUCACAUAUAUUAUAUGCACUCGUUUAGCUAUUCAAAAAGGGGGCAGCUUUUGCUGGAUGCUUUGCUUCAAUUUUUAUGCCUUUUUGACCGUAAGUAGUUGCUUGAUGAGUGUAAUUGUUGGAACUAUUCUAGAUGCAAGAAUCUCUUUUGUAAUAUGGAACAAUCCAUAACAUCAUAAACAUUUCCAUAGCAGAGUAGAUGCUCUUGGGUUUAAUUUUGGAUGUGUCAUUGUAGUUCUAAAACUUUUUGAACUGCUUUUGAGCAUCUUUCACAGCGUCUGUUGCAAGAAUUAGAUGUUAUGCUUAGUUUUGUAAUUAUUUAGGAACGGGGCCUUUAAAAAACACUAUGCGGUCAUUGAAACUGCAAUUCUAAGCAAAAGUUACACAUGCAUAAGACAUCACCAAUUUGUGCCACUUUUUAUGGAGAAUUGCCUUCUACUUUUGGGUGCUUUCAUUCUUGAAAUAAAAGAUGUUGGUGUUACAAUACAAGUGAAAAUAACUUAGGGGGAGUUACCUUUCCUCUCCAGCACUAAUGGUCAGCUUCAAAUUGCUGUCUCAGUAGAUAUUGUGUGUGGCUCUAAAGAGAGACAACCCACCAACACAAAUGGGAUUUAACCUAAGGUUGCCUUUGUAUGAGUAAGCAUAGCCUCACUCUAAGUUAAAUAAUAAGAAUCUUAAUUCCUCUACAAAGUUCCUCUAUACUCUGCUUCUCCCACUACUCAAUUAAAAAAGGUUGUAUCGAUUUAUGAUUUGUUGUGAGUGAUCUCAUCUUAAAGGAAAGAAAUGGAAAAAGUAGUUCUCUAUAAUGUAAUUAUAUUUGUUUGGGUUGGGGGCAACAUCAUUAGCUCUGGGAUUUAUUUUUCCUUUAACAUAGGAUUAAGUGUGGAGAACCUCAUAGUGCCUUUCCUUUCUUUCUUGUUCUAGGUCAAGGGUAAGCAAAUGUUUUGGGUCAAAGUAUGUUUGAACUUUUGAGAACGUAUGCUGAGCAUAUUUGCAGAAUGAGUGUCAGGUUAGAUAUGGUUGGUCACAAAAUACCCAUUUAACAAAUGGUGAACUAGCCCCAAGGUAUUAUUUGUUACAGAUGCUGGAGGCUGGUGCUUCACUUUAAAGAAUGCCACCUUCCCAAUUUUAUUAAUUUUAAAAAAAAUUGAAACUGUUUUUAAAAAGUUAGGGAGCAUGAUGGGGUUCAAGAAGUUGCAAUGGGCAUGAAUUUGCUUAUCCCUGGCCUAAAUGGAUCAAUAGAUAUGUAGCACAAUAUUGAGAUCUAACUAAGCGUUCCAAAGCUCAGUAAGUAGUAAAUCUUUGUGAUUUUGGAAAUAGUGUAUGGUUUGCUUUUCUUUGAAAUAUCCAUGGGAUAAAGCAGCUAGCAAAAUAAUUAAAUAUCCUAUCCAUACAAUUUUUAUUUUUUUAGGCUUUGUUUUUUAAACAAAUUGUAGAUGUUAUGUAAAAUGCAUUGUAAAGGUUGCAGAUAAUUUGCUGUCAGUCUGGUUGAAAUUAAGAUUUUGUUCUGUUUCUGAUACUAUUAAGUGGAAAACCGUUUACCUCUAUACAUUCUUUUGUGUCUUCCAGAAGAAGAAGAAAUCUUUAUUAUCCUGAAACCACAGCUACAUCAGGGUUAUUUCUAAGGGCUUUGUUUUGUUGACCUUCUUCAGAAAUUAAGUAUUAUAAUUGUUCUACAAAUGACAGUAUAGAGCAGAAAAUGUUAUAUUAGAAGUGUACAUGGCUGGGUUUCUUCCCAUUAGUAAUUCUAAUUAUGGACCAAAUCUAAGCCUAAUUUUGCAUAUUUAAAUUUAAUCUUGUUGUCUCCUGGUUUGCAGGGAGGGAAGGGACAAUUUUUGUGGAUUUUUUUUCUCAACGUUUUAUUCCCACCAUUGAAAAAUCCAAUUUGUUUAUGAUUUUUUUGUUAUUGUUAAAGUGCUUUUAUGAAAGCAAUCUGUGAUACAACUAUUUUUCUGAAAUAAAAAAGGCAUAGAAUGAUGAAAAGUA